CUUGGUUCAAAGGAAGGAGUAACCGUCAAGACUGUUAACCUUAAGCUUUUGGAUACGCGCGGCACGCAACUGCGGUCCUAGUCCAUUAGACCCUCCUUUCUCGUGUAACCCCACUCACAGUGACGUUACCGGCCAAAGCUAAUCAACCAACACUUUGUCGGCCCACUUCUUCAGUUCUUCCCAUUCCUUCUUGCCACCGUUCACUUCUUUAACCUCAUCGUUUCCUUCCCUUCACUUCUUCACUCAUCCUCUCCCCUUCAAAUCCUCUCAGCUGUCGAACCACGGCGCCACAACUACUCUCUAGGUGUUCAAUGCGUUCGCUCAUCCCAUUUUUCAUAGUGCCCUUGGCGGUCGCCACGGCCCUGCCUGCUUUCCAGACUGUGGACCUUGAAAAACGAUCUGUUAAUGUCGGUUGGCCUUAUGGAAGCGACAAGAUCAGGGGUGUGAACAUUGGCGGAUGGCUCGUGACUGAACCUUUUAUCACUCCCUCGCUGUUCGAAGCUACAGGAAACAACGACAUCGUCGAUGAAUGGACUUUCUGUCAGUAUCAGGACUAUGAUACUGCUCAAGCUGCCUUGAAAAAUCAUUGGGAUACCUGGUUCACCGAGGAUGAUUUUGCCAAAAUUUCUGAGGCCGGUCUGAACCACGUUCGCAUUCCUAUCGGAUUUUGGGCAUACGAUGUGCAAGGCGGUGAGCCGUACAUUCAAGGACAAGCCGAAUAUCUGGAUAGAGCUAUCGGUUGGGCCCGGAACCACAAUCUCGCCGUCAUCAUAGAUCUUCAUGGUGCCCCUGGGUCGCAAAAUGGUUAUGAUAAUUCUGGAAGGAGGGGUGCUGCUGACUGGGCCACCGAUGAGGCCAAUGUGGAGAGAACGAAGAAUGUGAUCGCUUUGCUCAGCACGAAAUACUCUGAUCCCCAGUACUAUGGAGUCGUUACCGCCCUCGCACUGUUGAACGAACCAGCCACUUAUCUCAAUAACCAGCUUCUCCAGACUGCUCGUCAGUAUUGGUACGACGCCUAUGGUGCUGCCAGGUAUCCAUUUGGCAAUAGCGACAAAUCCGGCCUAGCUCUUGUCCUGCACGAUGGCUUCCAACCUCUCAGCACCUUUGAAAACUAUAUGACAGAACCCGAAUAUGAAGAUGUCCUGCUCGAUACUCACAAUUAUCAGGUCUUUAACGAUGAGUAUGUCGCUUGGAACUGGGAUGAGCAUAUCUCAAACAUCUGUAAUAAGGCUAGCACUUACAGCGGCUCUCCUUUAUGGCUUGUUGUGGGCGAGUGGACUUUAGCCACGACUGAUUGCGCUAAAUAUCUAAAUGGCCGAGGUAUCGGUUCGCGUUAUGACGGUUCUUACCAAGGUUCAUCGUAUGUUGGAUCUUGUGAUGACAAGUCAAAUGAUGUCAGCAGAUUUUCCGAAGAGUACAAAGCCUUCAUGCACAGGUUUUGGGAGGUCCAAACGCAAGUGUACGAGCAAAAUGGUCAGGGUUGGAUCCAUUGGACCUGGAAGACAGAGAGUGCGGCAGACUGGUCUUACGAAGCCGGGCUUGAUGGCGGAUGGAUCCCCUGGAACGCAGGCUCUCAUGAUAUUUCCCUUUCUUCGUUAUGUGGCUAGAUUGCUAGACACCAUUAGGAUUCUUUUCUACCAUAUUGAAGCCACUCGCGCCUCGCUCGAGGAUAUUCAGGACUUUUUCUCUGUUUUAGUCAAGCCAUAGCGCAAUGAACGAAUUUGAUAAGUUGAAUAAAACAUGUCUUCUAUCGAUGCAUUAUGAUA